CCUCCCCCCACCUCAGCUGACAGACAUCCUUGCUGACAACAGUAAAACCUACAGAUGGCCACACAAUACAAUCUGAUGGUCAUACUCUCCACACUCCUCUUCUGCACAUACAGUAAGACCCAUCACCAUACUCUCAGCACUCCCUUUUACACAUGCCUUCCAUCCCCCCCUCUGGGAACUGCCAAAAUCAUACCCACCACAUUCCUCUCAUACUCACCAUCAUACUCUCAUUCAUUUACUGCCUUCUUUCAUACUCUCCACACUCCUCUUUUCCACAUACUUCCCAUUGUCAUUAGGUCCACACUCAUCUCCUCUCCUGUACAUAGUGCCCACUGUCAAAAACCCUCCACACUCCUCUCCUAUACAUACUGCCCACUGUCAUACCCUCCAUACUUCUCUCCUGUACAUAGUGCCCACUGUCAAACCCUCCACACUCCUCUCCUGUACAUACUG